AUGGCUGAAGCACUUCAUAUGUUUGAGAGUAGUGAAGACAAAAGCGAUCUUGACAGGUUUUUAGUCGACGAAACGGUUGAAGAAACACAGCCUAUCGCAGCUGGAACAUUGGCGGUUUCAUGGCGAGACAUAGCUGGCGACUCGAACGAAGAGGAAGAAGAUUUUCACAGUUUUUCGGACAUCGAAGUUCAAGAACUACAGCAACAGUGGAAGUGAGAUAAGUGUAGCGAUGGUUUCAAUGAUAUUUUUGAAUGGAAUGAUAAUUUAAGUAGUGUUAGUAUUGAAGACUUUACUUCCGACUUUGGUCCUCGACAUGGGUUGGGUUUAGACGCUUCCCCUAAGGAUUUUUUCGACUUGUUUUUUGGCGAUCAGUUUUUCGGUCAUAUUGUGCAUGCUACAAUUUUGUAUGAGCGUUUAAAUCACAACGAUCAAAAUUUUACAACCGACCGCGACAAAAUGUCUGCAUUUUUUGGCCUCAACAUUUUGAUGGGAAUAAACCAACUACCAAAAAUCUCACUUGAUUGGGAUUCAGAUUUGUUUUUAGGAAAUACCAGCUUCAAAACUACAAUUCCUUUGAAACGUUUUUGGAUUUUAAAUAGGUAUUUUCAUAUUUCGGACCUGCGGCAAGAAAACAAGACGGAUAAACUUGCAAAAAUUCGGCCCCUUAUUUCAAAGCUCAAAAAUGCUUUUGAAAAUGUUUAUGUGCCUGGAAAAAUAUUUCCAUUGAUGAAGUUUGAUUAAAUUUAAUGGUCGUUUAUCCUUCAAGCAAUAUAUGUCCAAAAAAACGAACAAAUUUAGUAUUAAAGUUUGGAUGUUAGCCGAUUCUGAAACUUAUUUCGUGCUGCACUUUCAAGUUUACUUAGGUAAACAACAAAAUGCCGAAAAUGCCAAUGAAAAUGAUGCGGAAAAUUUGCGCGUAAAACCUGCCAUCAUUUCUUUUUACAAUAAAUUUAUGAAUGGCAUAGAUGUAAACGACCAAUAUAGGAGCUACUACCCUGUAGGAGCUCAAUCUAAAAAAUGGCGGAAAUAUUUGGCUUGGUUUUUCGUGAAUAUUUCAAUUGUAAACAGUUUUAUUUUGCAAAACUUGCAGACUGAUCGACGCCAUCGCCUAAAACAUUUAGAUUUCCAUCUUGCUUUUUGGCAAGGCAACUUAUUUCGACUUAUAACGGCUACAAAAAGAUUUCAAGUGCUCCAAGUAGCCAUAAAAAGGAUCUUCCAGUGGGUAGAAAUGUUAAGGGCCAUAGCUUAGUAUUGUCUUCAGGGCGAAAAUGAGUGUGUGUGAUGUGAGCUGGAAGGAAGCGAGCGACAGGAAGAACGUUUGAAAGUAAAUAUAAGUGUGCUGAGUGUAAUGUAAAUCUUUGUAGAGAGCGAUCUUGUUUUAUGGAAUGGCAUCAAUAAAGUUAGUAUUAGACAAAACCUUUUUCAUGUUUGCAUGUUUUUUGUAUUAUUAAAUAGUGUUUUGUCAGUGCUGAAAGCAGCAAGGCCUGAGGGUGUCGACAAUAUAUUUCACGAGAAAUUUCCCCCAAAUUCCUACUUGUUCAGUUUCGUUUUAUAGUAUAUAAAUUUCAGAUAUUUUAUCAAUAAAAUGAACGAAAAACCAACCGUUCAAAGUGAGUGAUGAAGGGUAAAUUUUGCUUGGAAACAGUAUUGUUAUUCAUGGAACAAAUUUACUUUAUAAUUUACAAACUUUACAGGACAGCAAGUCAAAAAUAUUCAUCACAAAGUUUCAAAUUUUUUGAGUAAUACAAGUCCAUUCGCUUUAAAAUUUUAAAUCCUGGCUUUCGAAGUAAUAUGUGAAACACACAUUAAAAAUAAAAUAAAUAAAAUAUCAAAAUGUGUAGUAUUUCAAGCAUUUAAAUAUUCAUAGUCCUAAUUAUGUAACAGAAUUCUUCAGAAAUUAAUCAGGUGAAAACUAUAAACAUAUGUCAUUAUAAAACUAUUUGUGAUAAUUUAAACAUAUAAAAUGAAACCUUAUUUAUCAGUCUAACCCCCUGCAAAAUUUUAAGAUUUUUUAUUAGGUUGCUUUUAAGUUACAGCCAUUUUGUAAGUGCAAUUGACAGGAACUGAAAUUGGUCAUUUUGUUUGCCAGUUAGUGGGGUAGAAACUUUGCUACAGUCUGCCACUUAAUGAGUUAAUAAUUCACCACAUUGAUAAACAGAUUCACGAACGAUUUUGAAAAUUUCUGAAAUUAAUGAUAAAACAGGUGAUGGUUUUACUGCAAAAGUCAUCAAGUUUGUUGAAAGAUUUACAGCUUUCAACUGCUGAAGUACGAUUUCAGUGCUACGAUAUGACCGCGUCGAUGUCUGGUGCUUAUAACGGAGUUGACGCUAAGUUGGGUGAGCGUCUAGGGCGGACAAUUCCCUAUAUUAUGUGUCUUGGUCGUAAGACAAAUCUUUGCGUUUAACAUUCCUGUAAAGCCUUGUUGAUGAUAGAAGAGUUCUUCACUACAUUGCAAGAUUUGUAUAAUUUUCUGACAAGGAGCACCAGUCGGUUCGGUAAGCUUAAAGGAAACAUUGACACAUUACAAGAGGCACUCUUCAUAAAGAAUCUCUCCAAAACAUGUUGGAUAGGUAGAGCUGAGUCUAUUAGAGCAGUUUUUUGGGUCGGCACACUUGAUGAGGUAAAAAAUUUUGAAGAUAGUGAUCGUGAUGCUAUAAAAACUGCUUCGAAUCUUUCGGACCGGAUAAAGUCAUUGAGUUUUAUUUAAGCAUGCUCUUCAUGAAGAACAUAAUGUACAAAACAAAAAUCGUUGUUCUUGAGGUUCAAGAAAUUGAUAAAGAUAUCCUUGCCAGCUCAGAUGUUAUGCACCAAACGGGAGAUGCUAUGAUUCGUAUCCGGGAAGACGAUCUUGGCCUGGAUGGCAUUGUCACAGCAGCUGUAGAGAAGUGCAACUCAUUUGGCAUUGAUGCUGAGUACGAGUUUUCAAAGAUGCAUCGUCCACGAAGACCACCCAGACACAUUGAUGAGAACACAGACAAUGCUAACAUACCGUUAUUCAACCAAGAAAUAUUCAAAGUACUCGACCUCCUCGUUUCGGAUAUAGAUGAUACUAACAAUUAUUUUUCUAACAUAUUCCUUCCACAAAAAAUUGCAAAAUGCACUGAGGAAGAUGCCGAAAAUUUUUGUGCAACCUUUCCAGGUAACCUGAAAGAUCCUACAUCGAAACGAGUGGUGCCAAGAAUUUACAGGACACCGCAAAUUGUCUACUCGGAAGACAAUGUUGACGCUGACCAUUCCAGUGUCUGUCGCAGGCAAUAA